AUGUACGGCAUCAGUAGGAGCGAGACCGAUGGGUCUGGUAACGACAGCACGAAGAAGGAGAAGGAAGUCGUCAAUGUCCUCGAGCCUGUCGCUUCCACUCGCAUUGCGGGCAUUUACGAAGACCCAAAUGCGUUGGCACAGCCUGAAGAUACCCACGUUGGAGAGUUCGGCACAAAGCGUGACCUGAAAGCACGUCAUGUGUCUAUGAUUGCUCUUGCCGGUACAAUUGGAACUGGUCUCUUCCUGGGUUCUGGAUCAGCAUUGGCCAAUGGCGGCCCUGUCGGCUUCUUCCUUGGUUAUACGAUCGUCGGGUGUCUGGUCGGUAUGAUGAUGUAUUGCUUGGGUGAAAUGACCGUCUUCGCUCCUAACAUCGGUGGAUUCAUCGAAAUGGGCAACAAGUACCUGUCCCCUGAAAUGGGAUUCGCCAUGGGUAUCAACUACAUCCUCCUGACAGGAUUCACCGUACCAACCGAAAUUACCGCAAUUGGCCUCAUGAUCGGGUUUUGGGAUGAGACGUCAUCACAUCUAGGCAUAUACAUCGCUGUAUUCCUGGUCGUCUGCGUCGCCACUAACUUCCUUGGCGUGAAGUGGUACGGAGAGGUUGAGUUCUUCUUCGCCUGUCUGAAGAUCGCUCUUCUGGUCGCGCUUAUAAUAUUUGGCAUCGUCGCAAACACCGGAGGUAUCAACGGUGUUUACACAGGUGGCAAGUACUGGCGCGAGGAGCCUUGGAACGACGACUUCGGUGGAAUCACUCCUGUUAACACGGCGCGGUUCCUCGGAUUCUGGAAGGUGCUCACGCAGGCAGCCUUUGCUUACGGCGGUGUCGAGUCUAUCGGUGUCAUCGCUGGAGAGGCCCACAACCCCCGAAAGACUAUGAAGUCGGCUACUAAGACCGUCUUCUACCGCAUUGUCGGUCUGUACGUCACCGCCGUCAUCAUUAUCGGCCUCAAUGUCUCCCAGAACUCGCCCGAACUCCUCAGCGCCGUCAGCCACGGAGGUCACACCGCUGCCUCGUCGCCCUUCGUCGUCAUUUGCCAACAGACCGGUGUCAAGGUCAUGCCCUCCGUCAUCAAUGCUAUCGUCAUGACAAGCGCCCUGUCCUCCGGUAACGAGAACGCCUACGGUCUCUCCCGCACAUUGAUGGCCCUGGCCCGCCAGCGCUCGAUGCCUUCCGUCUUCCUCAAGACCAGCCGCGUCGGAACACCCUACGUCGGCGUCAUAGUCGCUUUCUGCUUCGGCCUCCUGGCCUUCCUGUCCGUCAGCAACGGCUCCAGCCAGGCCUUUACCUGGCUGUCCAACCUGUCCGCGCUGUCUUCACUGAUCGCCUGGACCUGCAUCUGCUGCUGCUAUGUGCGCUUCAAGGGCGCGCUGGACGCCCAGGGCAUCGACCGCCGCAACCUGUCGCUCCGCGGAUGGUGCCAGCCCUACAUGGCCUACAUCUGCAUCUUCUUCUUCAUCCUCAUCAUCUUCUUCAACGGCUUCGGCGCCUUCCUCGGGGGCUUCAGCGUCGCGGACUUCUUCGCCAGCUACAUCACCAUCCCCGUCUUCGCCAUCGCCUGGCUCGGCUUCCGCCUCUACAGCGCCAAGAUCGGCAACCCCUCCGGCCUGACGCCGCUCGACCAGAUCGAUCUCAGCAGGGGGCCUGCUGCGGCGCUGAAGGACACGAAGUAUGACCUCGGCGCGCCGCGUUCGAUGAUGAUGGCAUGA